GCAAAGGCAAAGUCACCAGCCAGCGGCAUAGCUGAUGGAUCGAACAAGGGGAGUAGAGAGGAAGAAACGGCGCUAAGCGUGUGGAAGCGGAGCAUAAUAAAAAGAGAGAGGAGAUUGAGCGGUUGGACUCUGGAGCGGGUCAGUCGACGGGGAGCUGGGUGAUCAGCCUGUCUCGUAAACGACGUAAGACGUCACGUAUGUCGGCUCUCUGGAGGCUGACGAGCUCCCAGCAGGUGUACAGGUGUAACUAAAGGGCGACGACGAUUCGCUAACGUAUCGUCUUGACAGUGAAGUGGGAAAAAGCGGGUGAACGUGGGUGGGGAAAAGUACAGUCGAGAAGGCUCAAGGCCAUUAGAAGAAAAGAGAUGUCGGAAAGAAAGGAAAUCGGAGCACAAGAUAGCGUGCCGAAAAAAAUAGAUAUUGAUAAACCAUACUGGGAUCAAAGCACUUACCAAGGAAGGGCAUUGCACUUCUUGACGGUAACAAACCCGCUCAAUGUCUUCGCCACGAGCCAACAGCUUGAACACGCGCGUAAUGUCAUCACAAAGUACAGACAGGGCGAGGGCCUAGAAAAACAAGGAAUCACCGAAAAUGAAUUAUGGAGAUGCAAAUAUCUUUACGACAGCGCUUAUCAUCCUGACACCGGCGAGAAGAUGCUGUUAAUAGGCCGUAUGAGCGCGCAAGUUCCCAUGAACAUGACAAUAACCGGCUGUAUGAUGACAUUUUACAAAUCGACGCCGGCUGUAAUUUUCUGGCAAUGGAUCAAUCAGUCAUUCAACGCUAUAGUGAAUUACACGAACCGUAGCGGUUCGAGUCCAAUUCCAACGGAAACGUUAGCGCAAAGUUACGUCGGCGCUACGGGAGGCGCCGUGAUAACAGCGUUGACCCUGAACCGUCUCGCUCAACGUGGACCGCCGCUGGCAGGCCGAUUAGUACCAUUGGCGGCAGUUGCGGCGGCCAAUUGUGUUAACAUCCCUCUCAUGAGGGUCACUGAACUCCAAAAUGGUAUUGAAUUACAAACCGAGGACGGCACAAAAGUCGGCCACAGUAAACGGGCAGCUAAACAAGCGAUCACGACUGUGACAUUGUCGCGAAUACUUAUGGCCUCUCCGAGUAUGAUAUUGGCGCCGAUAGUAAUGAAUUAUUUAGAUCGAAGACAAUUGUUACGUAAUGCGAAAUGGGCUGCCGGACCAAUUCAGGUUAUCAUUUGCGGAGUGUGUCUCACUUUUGCGACGCCACUCUGCUGCGCUCUUUUCGCACAACGUGUUCCUACCUCGGUAAAUCAAUUGGAAUCUGACGUACAAGAGCAGAUACGAUCGCACGAUGCCAGUCUGAAGACCGUAUACUACAAUAAGGGCCUUUAAAUGAAACAGAGUACCGUACUUGAAAUUUUUUACCGGUCCACGGCCUACUCUUGAAACUCAGGUAUACACGAAACAUUCCCGAAUAAAAUAUUCGAAAGCACAUGUUAUUAUCGCAGACUUCUAAUGAUUGUAGCGAUUCGUUCUUGUUGGUAUUUACACUUCUAUAAUCGAUGGUUACAAUUGUGAAAUCAAAAUUUGUAAAAACUAUUGUAUCAGGGUGUCUAUUUAAAUCUUGAAAAAAUUCUUUGAUUUUUCUUAUAUUCUGAUUUAAAUCUGUUUUUUUUUUGUUUUGUUUAACCGCUUACACGGCAAUUUUUUUAAUUCCAUUAAAGUACCUUAAUGUUCUCAAACAAAAAAAUAUCUGAAAAUUAGAUUUUUACAUUUCCCAAGUUUCAUAAGGUAACAAAGCAUCCUGAUUACGAUUCGGACACGAGUCUCUGAACUAUACGUCCAAACAAAUGCAUGCAUAUCUCUCCUUCUUCGGUUUGUGUACAUAUAACGACUAUAUUAAAACUUGAGAGAUCUCAAAAUGUUUUCUCUCGUUAAGUGAGAAAAGGUAACGAAGACAAUAAAAUUCAAAGUUAAGUGUU